AUGGUCUCACUGUUGAAACAGCCGUCUGGAGCUUCGCGACCAGAAUGGCAGAAACUUUUGCGUCAAUGCCUUCUCCAAAGAAUCAGCGCGGAUGAGUUUCACAACCUAGCCAAAGUGAUGCUACGCCGCCGCCCUAUUUCACAUAUGGAUCUUUUUGAUGUUAUUCUAGAGUCGAGGGCAGUUACGGAUUUUGAUUGGGACCCGUUAAUACCAGACUAUGUGGAUGCCGUCCAAAAGCUGACACAGGUCGAGCUAUUUAAUAUCUUGCCGUCUCUCCUGGCUCACUCGAGCAUCAAGUCCGAUAUUCGGCACUGGAAGAAACAAAAUCAAGCACAAAACCAAGACACGGACCAAAAGGUUGAUGAGAAAGGAUCUACAGAGCCUGCGGACUCUAAAGGGCCUGCCACUCUAUUAACUGAUUAUGGCAUCAUACAAAAUGUGAUUACAGCUGUGACCACUGGCCAUGCUCCAAAGGUAGCUCUUGAGUUCAUGGAUACUUGUUCUGCUAUAGCCGACUGGAUUCUAGCCCUAGUGUCGUGGAAUGCUCAUCUGGGGUCUGAAAAGGGUGAGGGCAGUGGAACACAGAUGUUGGCCACUCCUGAUGUGGUCUCCAUAUUCAUAGCUGUCGGUUUUCUUUUCGGAGCCUUAGCAGCAACGGAAGUGGGUGCAAACGCACUGUCAUUUCAACACGCAGGAACAUACUCUCCUAUAUGUGCCGAGAUAUCCAUUCCCUUACGAAACCGGCUUGAUCAAUUGCAGAAGGAAUUCAACCUUUUUCUGAAAGGUGAAAAAUCAAAUCAAGAUCAUGUUAUAGAGGAUACUGCUGUUUCUACCUUGGAGUUCGAAUCUAGAGUUGUGGACAUUCCUCCAGUAAGCUCUAGGGCUGGGUUGUAUAUAUAUGUCAACUCUCUGGGGAAUCACAUGGCACUUGUUGAAGAGCUUAUCACAGCGUCAUUUGAUGUCCUAUCAAAUGGAAUGUACCGCAAUGAGCCACAGCAAUCAAUGUUUCUCUUCCGGGCAUUUCUCGUCAACAAACUCCCUCCGUUCCUGUCAGACCUAGCAGGAUCAGUGGUAGAGCCAAUACCAGUUGAACUAUGUAUCACUCGUGCUUUAGCGCGGGUAGACCCAAACACGUUCCCAUCAUUUUCAGAAAUAUUCUCUACCCAUGGUAAUUCGGUUUUGUCUGACGUGAGACAAGAGUUUCUUUUCUCGUGUGCUUUGCAUAAAUUAAUACCCGAGUCAAGUAUUGAACGCCUCUUGGGAGAGAACCCAAUGCAAACAUUGCCGAAUGGCGGAAGAUUCGUCAAGCACGAUCUAGUUGCUCAGAUAAACAAUAGCCAUGAAAGGGCAGAGCAAUUGCUGAAUGGUAUCGAGUCGAUGGACGGCAACGCAAGGGCAAUUGUUGAAGCUAUAGCGGAGACACUGGACAUCAUGCUACUCUUCAAGAGCCCACAAGCUAUAUUGCAACCUCUUUGUGUCUUGUUGGAUUCCUGGAAGUGGGAGGAAGACCAAGGGGAAAGCCAGCCUGUCUACGAUGAAUUUGGAAGUGUUCUUCUCCUGGUUCUUGCUUUCAAGUAUAAAUAUGAUCUGAGUUCCCAAGACCUUGGGAUUUUCAAUCCGGAUUCAUUUAUGUGCCGAUUACUCGAGAAAGGUUCAUCAAGUCAAAAGCUGGAGGACUUGACGCAGAAACAACAGCAAAACCUUGGGGCGUGGGUUACAGCACUGUUCAUCGCUGAAGGAAUUAGUGAUGAAUCCAUGUCCUCUUGUAGCCCGCAAGAAUUCUAUCUUCUGGUUGCUACACUAUUCUGCCAGAGCUUGAGCGCGUGUGAAGCCGGAAAGCUGGAGUUUGACACUCUCAAGGGUGGAUUCGAGUGUAAGUCAACCCUCUCGCUCUAG